ACUAAGAUGCAUGUGUAUGUGUGUGUUGAAGUUUUUGGCGUGUGACGUAAACGACACGAUCCAAACAAGUAUCAGCUGUAUUAAAAACAAUAAAUAGUAGUGAAAAUUUAAUAUUGAAUGAGAUUGUAUGAAUUUAAUAUUUAAAAAAAUCAUCACCAUAAUUAAAAAUCACCUCGGUGACAAUAAAAUAGUGUGAAAAACGGGGCGGUACGCGCAUAAGCCUGGCCUCGAGCGGCGAGUCGGACGACGGUGGACUCGCUCCGCCACCGCGCAAAAGGUCCCGUAGUUCACUCUCAACUACUUCAAGACCAGCGGACGAGUACCACAACACCGAAGCAAUGGAAAAUUAUAGAAUUCAACAACAACAACAAACAUCAAAUGGUUCACAGAGUACUGGCUUACAGCAAAAUGGAGCAAAUCCAGAUACUGGUGGUACAACACACAGUGCAAAUGGUAAUGCAUUACCACGUUGUGAUGCUGAUGUUAAUGGUGUCAAUGGUGAUAAUAAUAAUGCACUUGGACCACCAAAAAUAAUGGAUAAAACAAACCAAGAUAUUGUACGACUUAUUGGACAACAUUUAAAAGCUGUUGGUCUUGACCGUACUGCUGACCUACUUAUGCAAGAAUCUGGAUGUAGACUUGAUCAUCCAGCUGCAGCUAAAUUUCGACAACAUGUUAUGGAUGGUGACUGGAGCAAAGCUGAUCAUGAUCUUGAUGAAAUUAAAUCAUUUUUAAAUAAUUCAAAUCAAAGUGUUGUUGAAAUGAAAUUUUUACUUUUAGAACAAAAGUAUCUUGAAUUUUUGGAAGAAGGAUUGGUACUUGAUGCUCUACAAGUUUUACGAAAUGAGUUAACUCCUCUUGGUCAUAAUACUGGACGUGUUCAUCAACUUUCUGCAUUUAUGAUGUGCAGUGGACGUGAUGAAUUACAAACAAGAGCUGGAUGGGAUGGUAAAGGUAUUGCAUCAAGAACAGCAUUAAUGGAUAGACUACAAAAAUAUUUACCAUCUUCAAUAAUGCUUCCACCAAAACGACUUAAAUCAUUACUUUCACAAGCUGUAGAUAUGCAAAAUCAACAAUGCACCUAUCACAUUACUCCAAACCAGGCAACUCUGGAUACUGUAUCACUUUUAGUUGAUCAUAAUUGUGGUAAAGAACAUUUUCCAUGUCAUACAACACAAGUACUAAAUGAUCAUUGUGAUGAAGUAUGGUAUUGUAAAUUUUCACCAGAUGGUUUAAAAUUAGCAACUGGUUCAAAAGACAUGUCUGUUAUAAUAUGGGAUGUUGAUCCAGAAACAUUUAAAGUAACACAUAGAAAAACACUUGAUGGACAUACAUAUGGAGUUGCAUUAAUAUCAUGGAGUCCAGAUAGUAGUCAUUUAAUAGCAUGUGGUCCAGAAGAUUGUCCAGAGCUAUGGUUAUGGUCAAUUAAUUCAAGAGAUUGUGAAUUACGUGUUAAAUUAACACAAAGUACUGAGGAUUCAUUGACAGCAUGUGCAUGGCAUCGUGAUGCUAAAAAAUUUGUAACUGGUGGUAUACGUGGACAAUUUUAUCAAUGUGAUAUGGAUGGCAAUGUAUUGGAUUCUUGGGAGGGUGUACGAGUUAAAUGUCUGUGGUGUCGUAGUGAUGGAAAAACAGUUCUUGCUGCUGAUACACAUCAUCGUAUUCGUGGAUAUAAUUUUGAUGAAUUAUGUGAUUUUACAAUUAUACAAGAGGAUCAUCCAGUAAUGUCAUUCAGUGUUAAUAAAGCUGAUCGUUUGGUAUUGUUAAAUGUUGCUAAUCAAGGUGUACAUCUUUGGGAUUUACAAGAUAGAUGUCUUGUUAGACGUUUUCAAGGUGUAACACAAGGACAUUUUACAAUUCACAGUUGUUUUGGUGGUGUUAAUCAUGAUUUUAUUGCAUCUGGUAGUGAGGAUAAUAAAGUUUAUAUAUGGCAUAUUAAACGUGAAUUACCAAUAGCAAUAUUAACUGGACAUACUAGAACAGUUAAUUGUGUAUCAUGGAAUCCAGUUUAUCAUCAAAUGAUGGCAUCUGUAUCUGAUGAUUGUACUGUCAGAAUAUGGGGUCCAAAACCAACAACACCUGAUAGAGUUGAUAGUACAAAAACUGCAUCACCUGAAUGCAAUUCGUCAAAUGGCAGCAGUGGAUGGCAUGAAAUGGGCUCGUAGCAAAUUACACAAUAGGCAUUUAUAAAAUCCUAUGGUGUUCAAAAGACUGUCCUAAUAAUUUGGCUGUCUCGUUGAGUCUUUCAUCCAGUGCCCACAUAUACAAUAAAUGAUAAUAAUAAAACAAUAUAUAUAUCCAAUCAAAUAAAAACAAAAAAAAAAAAAAUUACAAAUCAAAUAACUUUAAAUAAUAAAUUAAAUACUUGGUGCACUAUAGUCUCACGAAUAAAUAAAAUUUAUAAGAGACUAUUAUCGUUAUAAUAAAAAGAAAGAUAAAUAAAAAAUUAAUAAUUGAUUUGGUUGUUGAUAUUGAGCAUCUACUCAAAUUAACUUGACAACAAAUCGAUUUAUUUUCGGUGAUCACCCAAUGACUUUACCGUCGUGUUAAUUAAAAAACAAACAAAAAAUAAUAAUGUGACGAUAAUUCAACGGGUUAUUUUUAUGAUUUUAUUAACUAAUUUAAUUUUUUUUUCUUUUCUUUUUCUCUCGCUCUAACUUAUAAUUACUAGUAAAAUUUUCUUGAAGAUAAAUAUAUAAAUAAUAUAUAUAAUUAAAGAAGAAAUAAAUCCGUUCCACAUGUAUUGAUUGUAUUUGAAAUCAACACAAUUGUUGACGAGCAUAAUAAAUAUUAAAAAUAGUUUAAUUCAGAAGAAAGAAAAAAAUAGAAAUAACGAAGAAAAAGAAAAUUGAAAAAAAAAAAAAAAAAGUAUAUUAAUAAUUUAAAAAAAUGUAUCCUAAAUAAUGAGGAUAUAAUUUUAAUGGUAAGCAUAAAUAAUGAUUAUUUAUAAAUCAUAAAAAUAUUAAAAAAUAAAAAAAAAAACAUUUGAUAAAUUUAAAAAACAUUAUUAAUAAUUUUUUUUGCGUUUUGCUUUAAUAACAAUUUUAAUUUUUCGGGUAAAAAAUGGUGAAUAUUUAUUUUGUGCCAAUACAAAAAAAUAAAUGAAAAAAAAAAUAAAUUAAUAAUUAUUUAUUAAUAUUAUUACUUAUUGUGAAAAAUUUGAUUUAUAAAAGUGUGCUCUUUUAAAUCAAUUAUACAUGUGAUAAAUGGCACUUAUUACAAUUAUUUAUAAAUAAAAAAAAAAUGAUAAAAAAUAAUUGUAAAAUAACGAAUACAAAAAUCAUCGUGUUUCGUGUUGACAUCUGAAUAAUUUAAUUAUAUUAUUAAUUAGUAAUAAUAACUGUUAGAGUGGCAAUUUAAAUAAUAAAAGUUUUUAAUAAAAUAACAAAUAAUAACAGUAAAAAUAAUGAGAUUAUGUUUAUGAAGACUCAUACUCACAACGAGACAAAGAGUCAUCAAUUUUUUUUUGUUUUUAUUUUUUAGUAUAGCGAUUUUAUAACAACAAAAAAAUUAACGUACGGUACCGCGAUACUUAAAAUAAUAUGAAAAACAAAAUUUACGAGCGUUACCGCCUUAUAAUUACUAAUGAUUUAACAAACUGCC